GUUAUUGCCUCGUGCACCUUGCUGAAGGUGGCGUAGAGUUUCACUGGAGACAGAGACAGAGUUUAGAGGCUCAGAGAGACGGGAGGUGAGACAGUGGGAUGGCCAGCCUAUUACCACCCUUCAACUUCUGCUUUCUCUCUGGCUCAGCGUCCUACACUGUGCUUCUGAUGCCAUUCGGCUCCCUCUUCAACACAUGUGCAUGUCAUGUGUCCACAGACGACUGGCAGCACUCGCUGAAGAACAUCAGAACCAGGGCUGAGAUGUGGGUACGUGUAAUUGUGACCUCUGUGCUUCUUUUGUCAGGAGUCGGGGAAAGUAAAUGGCUGGUGUAUUUCUCUAGGACAGACAUCUGCGUUUGGGCCGGGACCACAGUAACACUGCCGUGCCGCUACGAUUACCCCUCGCCCUACAGCUCUACGCGGGUCAUGUGGUUUCACAUCUCUGCAGAGGGCCGACGGGAUGUUGCCUACCAUACUGAUGGGAAUCUGUUGAGCCCCUCGUACAGGGACAGGAUCAAAUACAUGGGGGGCCACAAAAGAUGCAGUUUGCACAUCACGAACGCGAAGCUGAGCGAUGCAGGAACAUACCAUUUCAGAUUCGAGACCGACAACCAGCAGGGCCGAUGGACCUCUCCUGAUGCCAUCACACUGUCUGUCACAGAGCUUCAGGUUCAUGUACAUCCACCGAGAAUAGACAACAUGUUUGCUGCUGGAGAGACGGUCUUCCUGAGCUGUGUGGCCCGAGGCUGUGCCGCUCCUGGCAGGAACUUUGCCCUUUAUCGGAAUGGGAUCAACUUGGGUCAGUCCAACAAGCUGUCAGCCAUCUAUAACUUUGACAGUCAGCAUGCAGGUACCUACACCUGCCGUCCAAUACCCCCUCAAAAUGUUCAGUCACCAGGAGUCACCCUGGCUCUUGGAUAUGCUCCUCGCUACACCACAGUACAGAUCACCCCUCGAGAGGCAGUCGGGGAGGGCGAUUCGGUGACUUUGACCUGCAGUAGUGAUGGAGCUCCGCCAGCAGAAAGUUUCGACUGGUUUAAAGAAGGAGAGAGUGGCAGUUUGCCAGACAGCUUUAAACCUGAGCUGAGAUUGUGGAGUUUGGACUACAGGGACCAUGGAGAAUACUUCUGUGUGGCCCGCAACCCACUCGGCACAGACCGGUCCAGACCGCUUUUACUCAAUGUUACAUACUCCCCAAAGAACACAAGAAUCCUCAUCAGUCCUAAAGGAGACAUCAGGGAAGGGUUUGCUGUCAAUCUGACCUGCAGCAGCAACGCCAACCCUCCCGUGCAGAAAUACGCCUGGUACAAAGUGAACGGCGGUCAGCCCUGGACCAGAGGCACUGCGCAAAAUCUCACCUUUCCUAGCGUGCAUUCCCAUCAUGCCGGACAGUACUACUGCACUGCGUGGAAUGUGUUUGGCAUGGAGACAUCGCCCACUAUUUCUCUUAUAGUACUUUAUGCCCCCAAAAACACCUCUGUGCUGGCUCGGCCUUCCACUGUGAUCGAAGCGGGCAGCUCGUUGACGCUGACCUGCAUCAGUCAGGCCAAUCCGGCAGUGGAGAACUACACCUGGCACCGGAUCAAUGCGGCUGACGCCUGGGAAACUCGAUCGGGUCCCAGCUACACCAUUGCUGAGGUCAGCCCUGGAGCCAGCGGCCAGUACUACUGCAAGGCCCGCAACCGCAUCGGAGCACACAGCUCCCCGGUUCUGACGGUGAAAGUUCGAGGCCGACUGAAGGUGAUCGCAUUGGCAUCUGCAGUGGGCGUUUCUGUCGGAUUAAUAUCUCUGACCGUGGUCGUCAUGAUCAGUAAAAACAUGCAUCGCGUGGACACUGAAAAUCUUGAGGAAGAAAAACAGUGUUCACCAUUAGUUGACUUGCCAGUGGACAAUACUCUGUUUAGUGAAUCAACUUCAGAGACGUUUCUCCUCAAGAGCACAAAAAUGUCAGACAUUCCGGAAGAGCCAGAGGAGAUUUAUGAAAGUAGCCACCCUUCCAUCGUGCCCCUGAAAGAAGCCGCUCAGAGCGCUGAGGAACAGGGAAAAAUCAACUACAUUACGGUGCAUUAUUCUCGUAUGCCCAGUCCGGACCAGGCGAAGGUCACAAACAUUCCUCUAGAUGGAGACAAGAAGCUCAAAGAUGGUCCUAAUGUUGUUUAUACUGUUCUCGCCAAGCAACCGAGAGAGGAGAUGGAAGAAUCUGGAGUCUAAAGCGGUCAACUGAUGGAAGAAAUUGUAAAACCACACAGGGACUUUUUUUUUUAAUUAUAUGCACUUAUGGACCACUUGAUGUAGCCUCAAUGUCAGAGACUUGAAAAGUAGAAAAAAUCCCCACUGUUCUGUUUAAUUGUGUCCAGCUGCAGUUUGCCCUAAUAAAAUCCAGCUGUUUAAAACGACACGCUACUGUU